UCCUGACAAAAUCUUGGAUGAAAUUGAUGAUCCACUUUGUAUUCAUCCUCAUCUUCAACUAUCUUCCAAAUUUUUUAAGACUGUUUUUUACUUUUCUUGGUUUGUGAACAAAUGGUCUUGUUAUAUAUUAUAUGACAUAGAUAGAAAACCGUUUGUUGUUUGUCUUUCAUUGUCACUUGAGGAACCAUCAAGAUUGGUAUUACCAAAGUUGAUAAAACUUGAGUCUUUGAGGGGAGUUUCUUGCUACAAUUUUAUUCUUGUUUAAUAACCAAAGUAUACAAAUCUUGGCUUGCAUUUGACCCCACAAGAUGUGUCAUAGUACAAUUUUUUGUUUCCUCAUAUCUCUGGCGGGCAAUUCACUGUAGCUGGAUACCAAAACAGUUAAGAAGCAACCUCUUUAAUGUUGGUUUUUCCUUCAGUGAAUUGUGUGGUUUUGUGAGUCACAACAAUUAAAGCUUGCCUGCUGUGUAUCUACCUAUGCCCACUUUCUUUAAUUGUACUUUUUGCCACAACCCCAUUUGAAAACUCCGCCAAAAUUUGCACAAUCUAAGCACUUUGCUUUUUACCCUUUUUACUAUAUAGUGGUAUAAAACUAGUGUGUCUCUCUAGCAUUGCAGCAGUUCUUGAAUUUUCUUGGCUCAGCAAAUUUUUUUUUUUUUUUUGAGUGCAAUGCUAUUUUUGUUGAUUUCUUGUUUUCCUUUCAUCCUACUAUUUUCUAAGUCAUUUCUUAAGCCACUUCCUACUUGGAAGAAUACAAUGGGAGCUUUCUCAAAUCUCUGGUUUUGUGAAGAGUUUUUAAAGUUUUUGGAUUCAUGGUUCAGAAAAGGUAGGAAUGCUAUUAGUUACUUGAAUUUGCCUCUAAUGAAAAAACCUGUUAAGUCAAAACUAGAGAAUGUUGUGGAGAAGGAAGAGGAGAUUUCUUUACUGGAAUUGCCUGAUUUGACUUUGGAAUGUAUCUUCGAGAGGCUUCCACCAAAUGGUCUUUGUAGUAUGGCUGCAGUUUGCAGUUCUUUGAGAGAAAAAUGCAAAAGUGAUCAUUUGUGGGAGAAACAUAUGAAGGAAAAAUGGGGUGCAUUGAUAGGAUCUGCUGCUUAUAGAGAAUGGCAAUGCUACAUUGCCUCAAGAAAUAAUGUUUUCCUCUUGGAAAAUUCAAGAAAAAAGAAAGAUUUACUUGGGAAAUUUUCAGAAAUUAGGCAACUUUUAUGGAACAGAUCAAAAGGAAAUGAAGAUAACAGCAAGGUUAGAAGUUCUUCAGCAAUGAGCUCAAUUAUGGAUUGGUAUCUCUCCCUUGAGUCUGGCAAGUUUUGGUUCUCAGCUCAGGUUUUUAACCGCGAGGUGCAGAAUGGCCAUGUUGGUUUUAUGCUAUCUUGUUAUGAUGCUGAGGUUAGCUAUGAUUGCAGCACAAAUACUUUCAGAGCAAGGUAUCCGACACAGGGGAGGCGAAUAGUAGAGGAAAACAUAGAAUGGAAUAGGCUAAGAGCACCAACUGUUGAUACUCCUCCUUAUGUUCUUCAUAUAUCAGAUUGCUUAAAUGAUCUGAAACCUGAUGAUCACUUUGAGAUUCAGUGGAGAAAAAGCAAAGAGUUCCCAUAUGGUUGGUGGUAUGGAGUUGUUGGACACUUGGAGUCCUGUAAUGGCAACGAAUUGAAUUGCCAUUGCCAUUCCAGUGACACAGUGCUACUGGAGUUCAAACAGUACACCCCCGGCUCGAGAUGGAGGCAAAUAGUGAUAAACAGAAAGGAACACAGAGAAGUGGGCAAUGAAGCAGAUGGUUUUUAUGGAGGAAUCAGAAAGCUUUAUAGUGACAAAGAGAUUUCAUUGUGGAAGAGCCUCUGGCCUAGCAGCACUUUGGAAUAGCACACAAAGAGUUGAGAGCUCUCCAUUUUUUCCCUUUUUCUUUUCUGUGAAGAGGCUCCCUUUCAGCUAUUCUGAUUUUUAAUAGAAUGCAGCUUAUAAAGAGAGCAUAAUUGAGGUUUUGAAUUUAUGCUCACCUCUGGCCUCUGUGUAGAGGCUAGAGGUUUUCCAAAUAUAUAUAUAGAAUGAAGAGAUCUUGUAAGAACAUGUAUUUUUGUGCAUAAUGAAAAAUUUAGUUGGUAAUAAGAAAGAUGAAAUAAAGCUUCUUCCUUC